UAAUUUUAUAUCAGACUUUUACACUUACAGAAUGUGUAAGCAUUUAUCGAUUAAACCAAUCAUACCGAUGAUUUUACUCGCCACGAGUCAGGUUACAUUGGCUUAUCAUACCCGACCAUUCUCUAACUCAUUUGAAAGCGUAUUACUCUGUGUUUCUUUGUUAACUUAUGUUAAGUUUUCUGAGAAGGCAACCAAUAAGCUCGCAUUUCGCUUAGGUAUGGUAUUCAGUUUGGGGAUCUUCACCAGAAUUACAUUCCCAUUGUAUGCUCUUCCUAUCGGUAUUGCAUUGAUCUAUCAGGCUUAUAAACAAAGCGAUAAUAUCAAUCAAUUUACAGCAUUUAUUUUCUCAUUGACAUUCGGCUUUGUCUCUUUCUCAGCGUUGAAUAUUAUCGUUGACUCAGUAUUCUAUGGAACCUUAUCAUUCACUGUCAACGGUCAAUCUUUCAAGAAUGUCAGCCACGUCUUUACUACCUUGUUUAACCCAACUUCUUUGGCCUCAGUUCGUUCGUACGGUGAUAUUGUAAUAACACCAAUCAACAAUUUCCUGUAUAACUCCAAAGUGGAGAACUUGGCUCAACAUGGUCUCCAUCCAAGGUUUACACAUUUCGCUGUCAACUUUCCACUUUUGUUCGGUCCUUUGGCUAUUUUUGGAUUGCUCUAUAUUCCCAAUGCAUUAUCAAAGAUUGCCAAAUCUCCAAAUGCUCACGUGUUUUAUGUUCUUUUAGGUGUCUUGCUGUCUGGACUGGUAGGGCUUUCUAUCAUUCCACAUCAAGAGGCCCGCUUUUUAUGCCCUCUGCUCGUCCCUUUAAUUCUAAUUUACACUUGGAGAGAAAAUCAGUAUAGUAUCUCUGUUUAUUUCUGGCUUCUUUGGAUCGUCUUUAAUAUCGUCACUACUUAUAUAUUCGGUGUCGUUCAUCAAGGCGGUGUUAUUCCUGCUGUGGGUUUUCUUCAGCGUCAAACGACGGGUCUUCACGAUUGUCAUUUAGUUAGUACAGGCGAUUUAGCAUGCACAGUUGGUGAAACCAAUAUUGAGACGGUAGAAUACUCAGAAUUCAGCACUACUACAAAUAUGAUUUUUUACAAAACGUAUAUGCCCCCACAGCAUUUAUUGACGACUCCAAAAGAAAGCAAGUCUCAUCAUGUCAGAGUCUUGGAUUUUUCAAGCAAUUUAGAGGAUGCAGUAGCCGAAAUGGUAAACAGACCUGGAGUAACUCUUCGACAUACUAAAACAACAAUGGAAGUUGAUUUUGCUAAAUCUUCAGACACCGAGUUUGAAAGAACUUUGCUGGUGAUUCCUGGCUUUGUUCCUUUACCUAAAGUUGAAGGCCAUCGUUACUUACUCAUGGCUACAUUUGGUCCUCAUCUCAGCUUCGAUGACAUGGAUAAAGUUAUGGAAAAUGCUUCUGCAGAUAGUUCAUUGUCAUGUUACCUUAGUCAUCUGCUCAGAAUUAUUAUACGGUACACAAAGCUCUAGCACGUGGUAGGGUUGAUGAAGACAGCUAAACUUGGCAGCCGUUGUAGAUCUUGCUAUAGUUGUCGCACAGUCCAACCGUUAUUAUACUCAUGGACUCAGUGCUUCCGAAGCAGCAAUUAUAAUUGAUAACACUGCUCAUACAAAAUCGUUGUCGCGGGCCAAUUACAAUUGUCUCGCAUCGAAGAAUGGAAGUAGUACUCACGAAUACCGUGUCGU